AUGUCGCAGCUGGCAGAUAAGGUAAUUAAGAAGGUUCCAUCGGCUGGGUCGAAUGUAAAGCCACAUGGGAAGCCCUUGGCUCGGGCUAUAUCGUCCAGUUUACCGACAGCAUCGCAAAAACGGGUUCGUUCGAAUAUGAUGGUUGGAUCUGAAGAGCAAGGUUAUAAUAUUAAGGUUUAUGUACGGUGCCGGUCACGGAAUGUACGGGAGAUCAAGGAGAAGUCUAGUGUGGUUGUUUCUACGUUAGGAUCACAAGGUCGGGAGAUUAUUCUUAGCAAUCAAUCUACGGGCAAUAAUAAGACAUAUACGUUUGACCAAGUUUUUGGGGUUGAAAGUGAUCAGGAAUCGUUGUUUGAUAAGGUUGCUCGGGCUUAUAUUACUGAGAUGCUUGAAGGUUAUAACUGCACAGUAUUUGCGUAUGGGCAGACGGGGACAGGGAAGACCUACACUAUGAGUGGGGAUAUUAGUGUGGUUGGGGCUUCUUUGGAGGAUCCAAACUAUGUACUAUUGAGCGAACAUGCAGGAAUUAUACCCCGUGUACUUGUUGAGUUAUUUCAACAAUUGCAGAGGGAGAGUGAGGAUUAUUCUGUGAAGGUUUCAUUUUUAGAGUUGUACAAUGAGAAGCUUAGAGAUUUAUUGGUUGAAGAUAAGGAGCCAUUGAUAGAUGAAGGUGGAAUAGGUGGCGGGGUGGCAAAUUCACCAGAGACAAUAAGGAUAUAUGACAAUCUGAAGCUUGAUAGAAGCAAUUCUUCUGGGCAUUCGAUUAUGGUGAAGGGUAUGGAGGAGAUGUAUAUACGUUCUGCUCAGGAGGGUCUAAAAUUAUUAAUGGAAGGUUCAUUGAAAAGAAAAGUAGCUGCAACAAGGUGCAAUGACUUAUCAUCUAGAUCUCAUACAAUUUUUACGAUCACCACCAAUGUCACCAAAAUCCACCCAAUUUCUGGGGAGCAAUAUGUCAAGAUUGGCAAAUUGAAUCUUGUCGAUUUAGCAGGUUCCGAAAAUAUCAAUAGAUCUGGGGCUGAAAAUAAGAGAGCUCAAGAAGCAGGAUUAAUCAACAAGUCGUUGCUAACUUUAGGUCGAGUAAUAAAUGCUUUAGUUGACCAUUCCCAACACAUUCCAUACCGGGAAUCGAAAUUAACCAGAUUGUUACAGGAUUCAUUGGGCGGAAAAACCAAAACAUGUAUUAUUGCCACGGUCUCACCUGCCAAAACCUCGAUGGAGGAAACCGCGAGUACUUUGGAAUAUGCAACCAGGGCAAAAUCAAUCAAAAAUACUCCACAGAUUAAUCAGUUAAUGGCAAAGGAAUCGUGUAUCCUUGGAUAUAUUAAAGAAAUUGAAAAGCUUCGUAAAAAUUUAAAAGCGAACCAUGCUAAAGAAGGUAUAUACAUUACAGAGGAAAAAUACGAGACCUAUGAAAGUAAUUGCAUUUUAGUAGAAGAACAACAAGCCAAGAUUGACAAUCUACAAGAACAAAUCAAGCGAUUCAAAGAAAAAUAUUUGGAACAAACGAAAUUAGUUAAAGAAAAAGAUACACAAGUCAAGAUGAUAAAAAGUAUAAAUGAGCGUAUCACAAUGUAUAAUAAAAAGCUUACUGAUUACUUGGAUAAACUUCGAUUUCGAGUCGAGGACUAUGAGAUUAAGGUCAAUGAUAUUCACAAUAACAACAUGAAACUCUUACUGAAUUUGAACAAUAAUCGCGAAUCAAUUUAUGACAGCCUCAUCUCAAAGACUAAGCAUAUUGAAAUGUCGAAUGAACUUUUACUAAAAGAGGUGAACGGAUUAAUUUUAAUUAGAGAUACACUAAAAUCAUACAACGAAAGGUUUAAAACAGUUAUUACAGGUGUUUUCCAUGAACUACAAGAAAAGAUGCAACAUGUUCUGCACUUAUCUCAUCAAAACAAUUUGAAUUUAGAUUUAGGUUAUGUAGAUGCGAAGUUUGGAGAGAUAAUUAAAGUUGUUGAAGAAUGUUCGCAGAGCCUUUUGCUGAAUUUAGAUCAAAGUCUAGCUGGUAUGAAGUCUGAGACUAUCCAGAAUGCUGCAUAUAGUACAGUUGAACUUCAAAGGGAAAGUGACACGCUUUAUGAAAGAUUGAAAGAGUUCAUUGAGAAGAUAAAAUGUGAAGUGGAUUUUUCAUUGCAAAAUGUUGUUAAGGGAAUCCAUACUAGGGGUGUGGAUGUGAUCGAUUUAGUAAGAAGUACCAAGGAUGAAUUGGUAUCAGGAAAAUUAAAACUUCAAAGUGAUCUUGAAGAGCAAAAGCAAAAGCAUUCUGAGGAGGCCAUGGAUAUACAGUCAUGUAUUAACCAGCUUAUUGAACAGGAAAGGCGAAGGACUAGUGACACUAUGAAGGCCAGCUAUGAAUUUCUCAAAAAGCAGAUGGAAGAAACAGAAUUACGCCAAGCAUUAUUUGAAAACAAUAUCACUGAAAAGCUUCAAGGUAUUAUUGCUAAUUAUAACAACGGUAUGGUUAAUAUGUCAUCAUAUGGCAUAGAAAAAACACACUUAAAUGCGAUGGAUGGUAUAUGUUCAAUCGAAAGUCAAAUAUCGAAAGCCCAAGAAAGCCUUCAAAACGAUAUGAAACAAUAUCGAGAAUGCUGUAUUUCUGUCUGUUCUCCAGAAACAGUUACCGGCAAAUUUGAUGAAUAUAAUGAAAAAGUUAAGGUUAUAAUAGAUGAGAAGCUUGUUCCUAGACUAAAUCACAUGAUGGAAGGAAGCUAUUCCUCUCUUGCAGCUCAUUUUAAGUCUUAUGACACAAACGUAGUUACCACUGUGGACAAUAAGAGAGGCGUACUUUGCUCUGUGGUUGGCGAUCUAAAUACAUCGGCUAAUAGCUUUGUUUCAGACGUUAAUUCUUUAGUAAAAUACUUUUCACAAGAACAUAGGGAUAAUGUUAAGCAGAUUAUCGAAACUCAGGGUGAGAUAUUUCAUGAACAGAUUGGGUCCGUUAAAGAAAUAUCACAACAAUUGGAGAAAUUGACUAAGGAUAAGUCUAUCUUGGAAAACUUACCACGGUUAUCCCAUGACAUGGAAUCUGCAGUGGGCGAUUUACCUAGCAUAGACAAGAUAAUUAAAAAUUUCGAUGUUCUUGAUGAUUCCCUCACAGCAUCCGAUGAUACAUCUAGCAAAAGUGGUGACAUUCUGGUGCCAGUGAAGGAGAACAUUAAAUCCGCUUUUCUAGAGCAAAAUGAAAAGAUCUUUUAUCCCACAACUCCGAUGCCUAUUCCAGACCACCCCUUAACGAAGGUUCUAGCUCCAAGAAGCAUCAAUUCUAGUAUCAAAAAUUUGAGACGUAUGACUAUGGACAUAACUGAAAACAUACGUGAUUCUUCAACAGAUGACGACAUGGCGGGGGCACGAGACUUAAAUAGAAGGUAUACUUUUUCUGCGAAGGUGUUGAAAGAGGAGCAAUGA